UCCUUGGAGUUGCUUUGUAAUAUGGUGUUUUAUCCAGGCCAUAGACACCAUGAACAAUUUUAGCGGACGUGAAAAGUAUUUGAUAUCAAAUACAUUGAACUGCUUGCCUAUAAUACUGCAAGGACGUGCUGUACUUAUAGAUCUACGAAAUGAGACAUCCGUGGCGGGGAUCAUUAGCAUUGCCGAUGGCCACAUGACAUGCGAACUAACCGAUGCGGUUUUCAUUGAUCGUAAUGGGCAAUGUCAUGCAUUCGAUAACUUUCUGAUACGCAAUCGAAUGAUUCGGUUGUUGCAUGUGCCCGCGGAUCUAGACAUCAAGCAUGAGCUCUCCCAGCUGCUGCGCAAGCCGGCUAGCAGAAACAAAACGAAGACCAAGCGCACCUUCAAGCAGAAGCGGGCAGAGGAGCGGCACAAGGAAACUCUACAGAUUAUUAAGACCCAAAGAGUGGCCGAUAAGCCGCAGGAAACAUAAAAAUAAUUUAGAUUAUAAAUAAAAUAUAUUUAA